AUUAUUCUAAAGAACUACAACUACCAGUAUGUUCUUCUGUUCUAGCUAGUUCUGCGCAUGCGCAAAGGUUUCAGUUGUCAAACGGUGGUUAUGGAGAUGAACGGAGGCAGCAGCGGUAUUUUGAACUCGGGUACGGGAUGCCUCAUAAGAUAGGCUUCACUGUGAUCAGCUUGUCUGGUCAUGAAGAAAACUACAGUGCCAAAAAGCUGAUGGUCCAUGCACCCACCAUCAGUGGCUGGAGAUCUACCAGGUUCUGUCCAUUUCCUCAGGAAAUUACUCUGAUGUUGGUCGAGAGAUGUCGUGUCAGAAAACUCCAGCUGCUGGCCCAUCAGUACCUGAUCCCAUCCAAGAUAGAGUUCCACAUUGGAGAUAGAUUGCCAGAUCCCAGCUCACCCCAGCAUACCCAGUGCCUCCAUAGACUUGGAUAUGUGUCCCUUUCUGACAACGAGAAGACUGGUUUCAGAGCCAGAGAGCUAAAGUCGGUUCAUGUCAAUGCUGUGGGGACAUAUCUGAAACUCAUCUUUCACAGAAACCAUGUUAAUCAAUACAACGUAUACAAUCAGGUUGCAUUGGUGGCCCUAAAUAUUUUAGGUGACCCUGUAGAUGGAAGUGAAACUGGCACAACACUUAGCAGAGAUCAGCUGAUUGAUCAAUAUCUCAACAGCAGUCAACAGAGCUCAGCUCUGGAUGGCACACACACAGGACUUUCGAGUUAUAAAUGUGAAUCCAUCUCUCCGCUCGAUGACCUGGCGUUUGACAUGUAUCAGGACCCUGAGGUGGCCCACAUCAUCCGUCUACUUGACCAGAAAAAACAGGAUGCUGUUCAGCAGGAGAGAUUUGAUCUGGCCAAAAAACUCAAGCAGGCAAUAGCAGACCUUCAAAAGGUGGGUGAGCGUUUGGGGCGGUAUGAUGUGGAAAAACACAGUGCCAUAGAACGAGAGGACUACGACACCGCCAAGCAAAAGAAAGAGCAAAUGGAUGCUUACAGACUAAAAGUUUACCAGCAAUUGGAGCUCCACAACCUGCUGGAUAUAAGUCAGAUCCAGAGAAUUUCUGAGGUUUUCAACUCUGAUUUUCCCUCUCCACGUGGUGGGACACAGAAACACACACCUCAUCCGGUGGACUCACCCAGGAGGAGGAAACAGGGCCAACAUGUGAAGGACUCUGAUGAGCAGGACACCCCAAAACCAGCUAGUCCCAAACACACAAUCGCUCCAACAUCCCUCACUCCUCCUCAGAACACCAGGGGUGAUAUCAGUUCUCUUCCUUAUGACGAGAGACCUUUACCUGCUCUCAGGAACAGGUCGAGUGAUCAGCCAGCCAGUCAGGUUGAUGAAAUUCCCCCUCUUACAGUCUCAAGCACCCAACGCAGCCCUGGGGUCCCGGGACAACCAGAACCGCUCUCAGAGAAUGCUCAGAGAGAGGCCAGCCUUCCUAUUGAGAUCUAUGGAGACAGUCUGGUGGCAGGCGCCUACUCUAAGACCUGGUCCUACAGAGAGGAUGCCUUGCUUGGGGUCUACAAGAAACUCAUUGACGUCCCACCUGGAACUCCAAAAGCAGAACUCCGGAGCAUGAUGAGAGCUGCUGUGUUUCUCUGCAAGAAAGCUCUCACUGAUAAAGUGUCAUCUGUGUUUCAGGCAUCUCUUAAGUUGAUUCGGAUGAUUCUGAGUGAGUUUAUUCCUAAACAUCAGCUGGGAAGAUCAGAGAUCAGUCACUGUGUGGAACAGACCUGGAAUAAUCUGCUGUCUAGGACUGGAGACUCUGCCCUGAGACUCCGAACAUUAGCCAUCAACUUCAUCCAGGAAAUGGCUUUAUUUAAGGAGGUGAGAAUAUUGCAGAUGGUGCCUGUGGAACUUGUGAAGCCCAUACAGAGUAAUCUACCUGCCAGACUGGCGCUUAGCAGACUGGAACUGCUGGAGAAGCUUCUAGAACAGCUGGGGACCAAGGACACAGGGUUCACCCUUGACAACGUCAUGCGGUUUUUGGCAGGGGGAUUGGAGCACAGCGCUGCCUCGGUUCGUGAACUCUCUGUACGAGUUGUCCAGUCCAUGUACCGUGUUCAUGGUAAAGCUGUGCUGAGUUACCUGCCACCCGAUGACAGCACCACGCGAAAAAACGUUCUCUACAAAAACCUCUUUGACUCGCUGGCCAAAUUAGAUGGAAAAUACUUAGAUACGCAGAAGCCAAAAAAGGGAGUAGAAAGGGAUGACGGUCAGCGAGAAAAGGAGGAAAUCAGGAGCUUACAGGAGCAGCUUGCGGUGUUAAAGGAGAUCAGUGAGAACGGGAAGGAAAAUACCAACGUACCUGAGAAAAAAGCUGAAAAGACAACAAAAUCAGCUGGAAAAAAGGGAACCCAGCCUGCUGAUGUGAAAGGCAGCCAAUCAGGGUUGGCUAAUUACUUAGACAAUUUGUGUAUUUUCUGUGGAGAACGAGAUGAGUCGUUCACUGAAGACGGACUGGACCUCCACUACUGGAAAAACUGUCCAAUGCUACACCGCUGCCUUCAGUGCAGACAGGUGGUAGAGAUUGCGAGUCUAACAGAGCACUUGCUGACAGAGUGUGAGCGUAAGGCAGAUUUCACCCAGUGUUCCCUUUGCUCUGAAGCCCUCAUUCGAGAGAAGCUUACUGAGCACGCUCAGGGCACAUCUUGUAAUCCACCAGCUUCUGGAGAAAUCUGUAAUCACUGUCCGCUGUGCCAUGAAAACUUCACCUCAGGAGAAGAGGGCUGGAAGUCUCACCUCAUGGGAGCAGAGGGUUGUAAACAGAACUCGCGGCGGAGAGCGCUAAUGCAGAGUACUAUCACAUACACACAAGGAAAGAUUGUAAGCACAGCUGUAGCCAAGACAACAACAUCCGAUUCGAAGGGUCGAGGGGUGGGGAGAGGCAGUCGCAUCCCUGCUCCUGCAUCCAGAAUCAACAGAGGUAUCAGAAUUCCCCCAGGCAGAGCCUCUACCCACCGGCUACAACAGGCAUAGUGGUUACACAAAAAAAUAAAAAUCAAAGGAUUACCUGCCUGGAA